AUGACAGAUCCUGCGUUUACAAAUUCAGAAACUGCGGACGAGAAUGGCCAUGUAAAACCAGGUCGUGCGUUUACUCUUCCAGAAAUAAUUGACAAUGAGAAUGGGUGGGGCCCGUCCCCUGUAAUGCUUCCUGAACAGUUCAGAGACAUACCGUAUGCACCAUACAGUAAAGCGGAUAAACUGGGCAGAAUAGCUGAUUGGUCAACUCCCGAUCAGAGAGAGAAAGAAGCUACUGGCAGACAAAGGACUGGUCGUGGUUACCGUGAUCAUCAAUACACUGCAUAUGGUAGCGGUGUUUCUAGUGCCUUUGCGUAUACCCAUGCCGAAGAUGAAGCCUCGUUUUCUGUAGUCGACAAUCGAUCAACAGCGCAAAAGAAGGCCCAGUAUCGGACUACUGGAGGUGCCAAGAAUCGCGGCGGUUUACGAGGACAACAGCAACGACAGCAAAGGACUAAUUAUAAUCAAGUUCGGCUUGGUUUUGGUGGUAGACAUGUAGGAGGAAAGAACACCGCUACAGCCGUACGGCGUCGCUUUGGAUAUAAAGAUUAUGACAAGCCGCAACGUAUUCGUGAUGCGUCCGUCAACGUAAGUCCUGAAUGGAAACUGCUAGAGGAGAUCGAAUUUAGUCGACUUUCCAAACUCAAUUUAGAUGUCGAUGAUGAGGAUGACGUUGAAAAUAUGUGUGUAAAUGACUUGAAGAGAUGGUUCCCAUGUGCUGCCCAAGGAAUAUGUGCUGAGAAUACGGAAAGGCCUCUGCGAUCGACGGAAAGAGUGAGAUUCUUUGUGACCACGUCGAAGGAUCCUGUUAUCGAACAAUUGGCCAAAAAUAAAGCGGCGUCAAUUUUUGCAACUGAUAACAUUCUUAGUGUUUUGAUGUGUGCAACGAGAUCGGUGUAUCCGUGGGACAUAGUAAUCAAUAAAACGGGCAACCAACUUUUCUUUGAUAGACGAGAUACUGGACUAUAUGAUUUGUUCACUGUCAACGAGAAUGCGGCUGACCCACCUAUGGAGGGCGGCGAUAAGGAGAGCAUCAAUUCGCCCAGUGCAUUAGCUAUGGAAGCAGCACUUAUCAACCAUUGCUUCGCUAUUCAGGGAUUAAACGAGGCAGAAAAAGUAGAUUUCGAAAAACCAAAUCCGUUCGCUGCUUCACCCGAGGAAGUUGAUGACAUGGCGCCAUGUGCCUAUCGAUACCGUAAAUUUAAUUUAAGCAUAAAAGAAGAUGAGAAUGUGACUCUAAUCGUUCGGACACAGCUUGAUGCAUUCAUCAAGUCAUCCAGUGGCGAGAAUACGAUGAUCACCAUUAAAGCAUUGAACGAAUUCGAUUCUCGCGCACAAGGAGCUGCUGGUGCCUUGGAUUGGCGGCAAACGUUAGACGCACAGCGCGGAGCAGUCGUUGCUACUGAAAUGAAGAACAAUAGCUGUAAGCUUGCUCGAUGGGCCGUCCAGAGUAUAUUGUCUGGCGCGGAUCAGAUGAAGUUGGGAUACGUUUCACGUGCUAGUCCAAAGGACGCCAGUCGGCAUGUUAUCCUUGGCACGCAUACAUAUAAACCACGCGACUUUACAGAUCAAAUGAAUCUAGUUACGUCCAAUGGAUGGGGAAUAGUGAGGACAAUAGUUGAUCUAUGCAUGAAACAACCGGAUGGGAAGUAUGUACUUUUGAAGGAUCCAAAUAAGUCUGCGAUAAAAUUAUAUGCAGUUCCACUCAAUGCAUUUGAAGCAGAGGAAGAGGCUGGGGAUGAUGCAGAGGAACUCGAAGAAGAGAAUGAAAACACUCGAGAAAAGUAG